GCAAAUCAGAUAACGUUGUAACAUCCACUACGCAGACGCAGUUAUGGUUUGUUGUCAAGCAAGGAUGGAUUCCACCCGUCUUUAUAUGAAUUGGUUAACAACGUAUAUUGAUAAUAAAGUUUUUUGCUGUGGAAGUAUUUGUUUUGACGACAAACAUUUAUAAAACUAGAAUGAUGCCAUCAACAGUGUCAAUCUAUAACCUACAGUUCGGGAGCAACUCGGUCAUUUAUAAAAAAUGGGAGUGGUAGAUGAUUUUAAGGGAGCAUCUAUUUUGUGCAAAGUAGCUUUUAUUUUAUUGUUAAUAGCUACAUUAUUUACAUGCAUUUCCUAUACGACAACUGAUUGGGUUUAUGAUGAUAUAGGAGCUACCCUAAAUCAUUAUGGUUUAUGGAGAAUUUGUGGAGAAACAGAUAUUCCGACUGCAUGUCAAGCUAUAGACGGCUGGGCGAAUGAAUGGUAUGGUGUUGUUCAGGCAUUUGUGACCUUUGGAUUUUUCGGCAUUUUAGUUUCCUUUUUCCUAGUUGUACUGUACAUAUUUGUUAGCAAAUGUCAAAAGAAUGGAGAAGUUGCCAUUGCAGUUGCUAUUAUCUGCAUCGCUACAGGGGUAUUUUAUUUGAUCGGCGUUAUAGUGUUUGCUGCCGAAGUGAACGAUUGGCCGGAAAAUAACACUACGGACUAUAAGUUUGGUUAUUCAUUUGCUCUAUCGAUCAUCGCCCUUGUGCUAGAAAUUAUUGGUGGUAUUUUGAUGAUUGUAGAAGGUAAAGGCGGCGGCGGAGGAGGAGGAACUAAACCAUCUGCAUAAAUUUUGACGCUUGCUUCUAAUAACAAUUGACAGAGGGAAUCAACAUAUUAAAAUUAAAUAUAACGUAAAGAUUGUCAUUUUAGAGGUUACAAAAGUAUUGACCUAUUAAGUUUUGAUAAUAGUGUUUACGAUAUGCAUAUUUCCCUUGAUAUCGAGUUUUACUGGUCUUAAAGUCGUCAUGUUAAAAAUAUCUACAGAUUGAACUAUACAUUUGAAUGAUAGCUAUAACUCUUGACUAUCAUAAAAAGCGUUGUGUAGAAUAAGUUUGUUACAAUUUUUAUAUUUAUGAUGAGUACGUGAUAUAUAUGCAAUGACUGUUUAACCGAAAUUGUGUAUGCUUGUUACCAAAUUUGUUUUAUUUAUAUGUGAAUAAAGAUUAUUUAUUAUUAAAUGAA